AUGGAAAUUGUUGCAAUGGAUAUGAAGCAACGUGGUUUAUACCUCGCUCGCCAGCUAUCAUUCCGCGGUGUAUCUUUCACGGUGCAGGAAGUUCCCCUCUCAGAUGAAUUUGUAAAGAUCUAUGAUGACUCUGUAAAGUUGUGGUUGGAGUGUCGACGACAAUUCCAGAAUGUUCUGAGUGCUAUGACUGGUGAAGAACGAUCGUCUUGUAAACAACUGUGGGGACAAUUUUGGGCUUGCCAUCAGAGGUUUUUCAAGUAUCUCUGCAUCGCUGCUAAGGUUGACGCUUGUGUGCAGAUGGCUCGUGAUGCGAUCAAGGCUAACAAAUGUGUUGUGAUUGGCCUACAGUCCACCGGUGAAGCACGAACAUUGGAAGCUCUGGAAGAUAUGGGCGGCGAAUUGACCGAAUUUGUUUCCACUGCAAAAGCUGUUCUCCAAGGCUUGAUUGAGCGACAUUUUCCUGUCGAUGUGGGCAGCAUUGAUAUAUACCGAGACUUUGACUUCGGGUUGGACGAUUUUGAGCGAAAGAGGCGUAAAAUGCGAAACGGUGGCAGUGAUUUCAUGGAUCAGCUGGGAUUUGGUUCAUCUUCGUUUUCACGUGGAUCAUCAAUUGAACCUCGGGCGAAAAGGUCACGCCCUGAUGAAGACCAGAACUCGACCACGUCGUCUUCAAGCGACGAGGAUUAUGGUGACUUAGACCAAGAUUCCGGAUUGGAAGAUGAUGAAGAUGUCUCGGAAGGCGAAUCCAAUCUAGAAGAUGGAGAUGACUGGUUGAAGGCCUUGCUUGCUGAAGCAGCAUCUUCUAGUUCGGACGAAGAUGAUCCGACGGAUAAGAAUCAGGCUGAGAAUAAUGGCAGUGGAAAUGAGGUAAAGUCGUCAGUUCUGUUUCGUUAA